AUUUGCAAGAAGGGAAGACAAAAAAAAACCUUUUAGGUUUUGAUUUCUUUGUUAUCCGUAAGGCUUUAUUAUAUUAAUACUUAAGUUUAGCUUAAGGACAUGGGGAAAGGAUUUCAAUUAGUUGUGGUGAGAGAGUAUGAUCCAAAGAGAGACUUAACGAGAGUGGAAGAGCUUGAGGAAAGCUGUGAAGUCGGAUCGUUAUUAGUGGAUCUCAUGGGUGACCCACUUGCCCGGAUCCGACAGUGUCCUUCUUUCCACAUGCUGGUGGCAGAGAUCGGUAAUGAGAUAGUUGGAAUGAUCAGAGGAACGAUCAAGAUGGUGACACGUGGUGGCAAUGCAUUACGUCAAGAAGACGGCGUUUCGCCGGGAAUAAGCACCACCAAACUUGCCUUCGUCUCCGGCCUCCGAGUCUCUCCGUUUUACAGGAGGAUGGGAAUUGGACUGAAACUAGUACAAAGACUCGAAGAGUGGUUUAUACAAAACGGCGCCGUAUACUCCUACAUGCAAACUGAAAACGACAACACAGCUUCGGUCAAACUCUUCACCGAGAAAAGUGGCUACUCCAAAUUCCGUACACCCGCUUUCCUGGUCAACCCGGUCUUUAACCACCGAGUCACGGUCUCUCGCCGUGUCAAAAUCAUCAAACUCACUCCUUCCGACGCCGAGUCACUCUACCGUAACCGGUUCUCCUCUACCGAGUUUUUCCCUUCAGACAUCAACUCAAUCCUCACAAACAAACUCUGUCUCGGCACUUACAUGGCCGUGCCACGUAACGAACACCAUGUUCCCGGGUCGUUACCUGACCCAUCCGGGUCUUGGGCCGUUAUAAGUAUAUGGAACAGUAAAGAUGUGUAUAGACUACAAGUCAAAGGAACGUCGCGUCUCAAACGCAUAUUAGCAAAGACGACGCGCGUUUUCGACGGUGCGUUUCCGCUUUUGAAAAUCCCGUCGUUUCCUAAUCUUUUCAAGUCGUUCGCGAUGCAUUUCAUGUACGGUAUCGGCGGCGGAGGGCCACGAGCGGCGGAGAUGGUGGAGUCGCUUUGCUCACACGCGCAUAACUUAGCUAGAAAAAGCGGUUGCUCCGUCUUGGCUGCUGAGGUGGCGAGCUGUGAGCCGCUCAGAGUUGGUAUUCCUCAUUGGAAAGUGCUCUCACCGGAGGAUUUGUGGUGUUUGAAACGUCUCCGGGAUGACGGUGACGAUGACGGCGUAGAUUGGACCAAGUCACCACCUGGGUUGUCUAUUUUCGUUGACCCUAGAGAAAUAUAAUCAUUUGUAUAGAAUAUAUAUCUUAGAGGAAUGUAACUACCGAACACAAAAACAAAAAGCCUACAAAACCAAAUACUAAAUCUCAGUGUUAUACUUAAAAUUACACUUUAGAUUUUAUACCGAAUAAAUUGGAUUACAAGUAGCAAAACAUAUGUAACCAACGUUCGUAUAGUGUAACUUGAAUUAUAUCGUUGUAUAUUAAUUGUUGGUGUACGAGUAGAUUGC